AUGGAAGAAACACAAAAAGGAACGCGCAUAGGGCCGCUGCCUGGGGGUCGCCGGGGCGCGUCUGGAGCUGGCGCUGGACGCGGCAGCAUGCGGGCCGCCAGCCGAGCGCGAGGAGCUGCACGAUCACCUAGCAGCCCCUCGCAUCCAUCAUCCCCACCAGAAGGCUUGGUGUCGGCUGGGUCUUCUCGGACCCAGCAAGCGGCACCCGCCGCUGGUGGAGCACGUCGCAUGCGUUGGACAAAAUCCAUGAACGAAAACGCAUUGCGGGCGUACUAUAGGGCGAAAGGGGAAGAAACUGUGGGAAUAGCGUAUAGGUCUCGGAUGCAUUGCUUUUUUGCUGAGCUGGAGCCGUCUAUCCCCGUCACGGAACAAAACCUGGCAGACCGAGUUCGGUACAUCAUGCGCUCGAAAAUAUUUGAUGAUGCCGAACUCGAACGACUACGACGUGAGGCUAUUCCGUCGUCGAAUGAAUCGGCUAUGGCUGGAGAUGCAGCUCCACAUUCGACAGACCAGCAUCCACACGUGGAAGCCGCCAUGGAUCUUCCAGUUGUGGUUGAUUCGAACGACGAUGAAAUAGUCUCCCACGAACUAGAGCAAAUGAGGAGUAUAUUGGAAGAGGCGAUUUUGGAAACGCGCAGCACCCCUCUCGAAAAUCGACCGCGACUUCCCCCGCAUACCCUUAAGCAAGCGAAAUCGGGCUGUCGUGAGGGCUCUUAA